UAAAGUACUAAGAAUCACAAUCAAGCAAGCGAGCGAGAGGAGAGAUGCUGAACCUGAGAGUGUUCGCAAAGCGAGCAAGUUCAUCGAUUACUCUGGGGAGAAGCAGGGUCAAUCUUCUUCAGAUAACAAGAGAGUAUUGUUUGGGAGUUCUACCGGAUGGCAUCGACCGCAACUCCGAUACCUUCCUUCGUAACUCUAAAGCCAUGGACGAGCUCAUUUCCCAACUCCAUUCUCACAUCAAUAAGGUUCUCUCUGGGGGCGGCGCUGAAGCUGUACGAAGAAACAAGAGUCGAAAUAAACUUCUUCCGAGAGAGCGCAUUGAUCGCUUAAUCGAUCCUGGCUCCUCCUUUCUCGAGCUGUCACAGCUUGCAGGCCAUGAACUGUACGAAGAAUCCUUACCAUCUGGAGGGAUAAUCACUGGAUUAGGAACAGUGCAUGGACGGCUUUGCAUGUUUGUGGCUAAUGACCCCACUGUCAAGGGGGGAACAUAUUACCCCAUCACUGUUAAAAAACACCUCAGAGCACAAGAAAUCGCUGCCCAAUGCAACUUACCAUGUCUCUAUCUUGUCGACAGCGGAGGUGCUAACCUUCCAAGACAGGCAGAUGUCUUUCCUGACAAGGAUAAUUUUGGUAGAAUAUUCUAUAAUCAAGCCCAAAUGUCUGCACAGGGUAUUCCUCAAAUUGCACUGGUUUUGGGUUCUUGCACAGCAGGAGGUGCUUAUAUUCCUGCAAUGGCUGAUGAAAGCGUAAUAGUUAAAGGAAAUGGUACUAUAUUUUUAGCUGGGCCUCCUCUAGUGAAGGCUGCUACAGGAGAGGAGGUUUCAGCAGAGGAUUUGGGUGGUGCAAGCAUGCAUUGUAAGAUAUCGGGUGUCUCUGAUCAUUUUGCUGAAGAUGAGUUGCAUGGACUUGCUAUUGGGAGGAAUAUCAUUAAGAACUUGUACAUGGCUGGAAAACAAGGAAUCAUGUCAAAUGGUGCCCCUGAUUUUAAAGAUCCAAUACAUGAUGUAAAGGAGCUCCGUUCCAUUGCACCAACAGACCUCAGGCAGCCUUUUGACAUCCGAUCAAUAAUUGCCCGUAUCAUCGAUGGAAGUGAAUUUGAUGAAUUCAAGAAGUUGUAUGGCACUACUCUUGUAACAGGUUUUGCGAGGAUCUUUGGACAACCUGUCGGAAUUAUUGGAAACAAUGGAAUAUUGUUUACAGAGUCUGCUCUAAAAGGGGCCCACUUCAUAGAGUUAUGUGCUCAGCGUAACAUUCCUUUGAUAUUUCUUCAGAAUAUUACUGGAUUUAUGGUUGGGUCAAGAUCUGAGGCAAGUGGAAUUGCCAAAGCUGGAGCAAAAAUGGUGAUGGCAGUUUCCUGUGCAAAGGUCCCUAAAAUAACGAUCCUCAUUGGUGGAAGUUUUGGUGCUGGUAAUUAUGGAAUGUGUGGGCGUGCAUAUAGUCCUAAUUUCUUGUUCCUUUGGCCAACUGCCAGAAUAUCUGUGAUGGGUGGCCCCCAGGCUGCUGGUGUGCUGGCUCAAAUUGAAAAGAGCAACAAGAAAAGGCAAGGAAUUGAGUGGGAUCAAGAAGAAGAGGAGAAAUUCAAGGCCAGAGUUGUGGAAGCGUAUGAGAAAGAAGGAAGUCCUUACUACUCCACUGCAAGACUCUGGGAUGAUGGUAUAAUUGAUCCUGCAGACACAAGGAAAGUUCUAGGUCUCUGCCUCUCUGCUUCCACGAAACUUGUCCCUGAAGAGACAAAGUAUGGUGUAUUCAGAAUGUAAGUGCUCACUAUAGCAGUAUAUUUUUUCAGACACAAGCACUACUAGCAGCAGUGGGUUCACCGGAUGGUUCAAACAGGUAACUAGGAAACAAGGCUCUUCCAGUCUCUGUUGGAAUGAUUUAAUAAGAAACAUGUUUCUCUUUUUUUUUUUGGUAAAAUAAGAAGCAUGUGUCACCUAAAUGGACAAGUCAAGACUA